UCUGUGUAUCUGAAUAAUAUUCAAACUAAAUAUUUAGUUUGAUCUCAAGUAGUCAACAUUUUCUAAAGGUUCAAUAUCUGCUUUCACUGAAUAUAUGAAGAAAUAUCACCUUAUUAAGUUUUUGAAAGUGGCUGAGAAAAGUAAACUUGUUCUAAACCUUUUUCUUCAUGUCCAACAGCAGUGAGUCAGUAAAGGACAAUGGCAUCUGACACACUAGAUGAGGUGGAAGAAGAAAAGAUGAAAGUCAAUGAAGACCAGAGCAGCAGUGCUCUCAAUGGAGUCAGUGUUGACCUGAAUGCUGAAACAGGAGCAACUGUAAAUGCCCCUGUAGUCAGUGGAAACAUCUCAUCAGUAAUCUUCAACUACAGUUUAAACCCUGCAGGAAAUGAGCCGCAAAAAUCCUCAGAGUCAGCAGGGAAACGCACAGAAAAUCAAGAGGAUUUGAAUCUGAAGAAAUUCUUGAAAACUCUCAAAACCAACAUGAAGAAGAAAGCAGAACGCAUUUUUGAGGGUGAAGAGGAAAAUGAAGUAGAUCUCAAGGCUGUUUACACAGAACUUUUCAUCACAGAGGGAGAUAUGAAAGAUGUCUAUCAGGAACAUGAGAUUCUGAAGACUGGUUAUGCUUUCAAGAACAAAAAAACAAAAGACAAACAAAUCAAAUGUAAUGAUAUAUUUAAGGAAUUGAGGAAAAACUUUGAUAAAAAGACUGUGCUGACUAAGGGCAUUGCUGGCAUUGGAAAAACUGUGUCUGUGCACAAAUUCAUCCUGGACUGGGCAGAAGGAAAAGCCAAUCAGGAUAUAGACUGUGUUUUCCUGCUUCCAUUCCGAGAGAUUAACAUGAUGAAAGAUGAAGAGGUCAGUCUCCAUGAGUUUCUGCUGGAAUUUUAUCCUGAACUGAAGGAUCAGGAAAAAUCAAAGUUAUAUACGUAUUGUAAUUUAGCAUUUAUAUUUGAUGGACUCGAUGAGAGUCGCCUGCCUUUGAAUUUUAAAAGUAGAUCACUGAACACUGUUGAGAAAAGAUCAUCUGUAGAUGUGCUGUUUACAAGUCUGGUGAAAGGCAAGCUGCUUCCAUCAGCUCUUGUCUGGGUGACAUCACGCCCAGCAGCAGCCAAUCAGAUCCAUCCACGCUAUGUAGGUUUGUUCACAGAGGUGCGAGGAUUUACUGAUGAACAGAAGGAGGAGUACUUCAGAAGGAGAAUCAAAGAUGAGACUCAGGCCUCCAAAAUCAUCUCACACAUUAAGACAUCUCAUAGUCUCUACAUAAUGUGCCACAUUCCUGUGUUCUGCUGGAUCACGGCCACAGUACUUCAGAAUAUUCUCAUCAAAAAUAAUGCAGAGAACAUCAGCAUUACACUUACUGAAAUGUACAUUCACUUCCUGCUGAUACAGAUGAAAAUGAAGAGCCAGAAAUAUGAUGAACAAGAAGAAAGGCAACGUAUAAAGCUCUUAUAUUAUAACAGAGAAAUGAUUUUAAAAUUAGCCAAACUGGCCUUUGAACAGCUGAAGAAGGAAAACAUUGUAUUUUAUGAGGAAGAUCUGAAAGAAUGUGGUAUUGAGGUGAAUGUAGCCACUGAGUUCACAGGAAUGAUUGCUGAGAUCUUUAAGAAGGAAGAUGGACUUCAUGAGACAAAGGUUUUCUGCUUUGUGCAUCUGAGUGUUCAAGAGUUCCUCGCAGCAGUGCAUGUGUUUCUCUGCUACCUGAAGAAGAAUGUGCAAGAGCUCCAGUUUUUCUUUGAUAAUCCCAAAGAAAAUAUCAAAUUGCUGGAGCUACUACAGACGGCUGUUGACAAAGCCACAGUGAGUCAGAGAGGACAUCUAGACCUGUUUCUGCGGUUUCUACUGGGUAUUACACUGGAAUCCAGCCAAAGCCUGCUCAAAGGCCUGUUAACACACACUGAAGACACCACAGAGAGCAUCACACAAAUAAUUGAACACAUAAAAAAAUUACAAGAUGGGUACCCAUUAUCAGAUGAGGCUGCAGUCAAGCUAUUUUACUGCUUACUUGAGCUCAAGGAUCAUUCAUUAUAUGAGGAAAUCAAGAAGUACCUCAGUUCAGAUGCACUUCCAAGAGGAGAACUCUCAUCUUCAAUGUGCACAGUGCUGACCUAUGUACUGUUAAUGUCAGAGAACGUGCUGGAUGAAUUCAACCCAAAGAGGUUCACGUCAUCACGUGCAAACUACAUGAGACUCAUUCCAGCUGUGAGAUGCUGCAGAAAAGCUAUAUUUGUCGGCUGUGGUCUUGAUGAAUCAUGCUGUGCAACUUUAUCUUCGGCUCUACAAUCCUCAAACUCUCAUCUGACAAAGUUAGACCUGAGUAACAACUACCUGAAGGAUCCAGGAGUGAAACUGCUCUCUGAUGGACUGAAGAGUUCACACUGCCAACUGAUCAUACUAAGGCUAUUUGGAUGUAAUCUCACUGGUCAGUCUUGUGAAAGUUUGUCUUCAGCUCUACAAUCCUCAAACUCUGUCCUAAGAGAGCUGGACCUGAGUAACAAUGACCUGCAGGAUUCUGGUGUGAAGCUUCUUUCAAACUGUCAGCUAGAGAUACUGAGAUUGUCCAUAUGUAAUCUCACGGCUCAGUCAUGUGAGAGUUUGUCUUCAGCUCUAAAGUCCUCAAACUCUGUCCUGAGAGAGCUGGACCUGAGUAACAAUGACCUGAAGGACUCAGGAGUGAAGCUUCUUUCUGAUGGACUGAAGAGUCUAAACUGUAAGCUGGAGAUACUGAGAUUGUCUGGCUGUAUGGUGACAGAGGAAGGCUGUGGUUAUGUGUCUUCAGCUCUGAGCUCAAACCCCUCAUACUUGAGAGAACUAGAUCUGAGCUACAAUCACCCGGGUGAUUCAGGAGUGAAGCUUCUCUCUGAUGCACUCACCCAUCCAAACUGCAGACUGGACAAACUCAAUGUGGAUCAUGGAGGAGAGUUCAGAAUGACAGCAGGACUACACAAGUAUGCCUGUGAUCUCACACUGGAUCCAAACACAGCUAACACCAAGCUUAUUCUAUCUGAGGAUAACAAAAAUGUGAAAUGUGUGGAAAAUCAGUCAUAUCCUGAUCAUCCAGAGAGAUUUGAUGCAUGGUCUCAGGUUCUGUGUAGAGAGAGUCUGUCUGGACGCUGUUAUUGGGAAGCUGAACGGAGUGGACGUGCUGCUGUUAUAGCAGUGACAUAUAAAAGAAUCCAAAGGAAAGGAGGGAGUAAUCACUGUGUGUUUGGACGCAAUGAAAGCUCCUGGUGUCUAAACUACUUUAAAAACACGUUCACUGCCAGUCACAAUAAAAAAACAACAGAUAUACGGAUCUCUUCAGGGUCCUCUAGUAGAGUAGGAGUGUAUGUGGAUGUGCCAGCUGGCAUUCUGUCCUUUUACAGUGUCUCUGACACAAACACACUCACACACCUGCACACAUUCAAAUCCAAAUUCACUGAGUCUCUCUAUGCUGGAUUUGGGUUUUAUUAUUUUAACUCAUCAGUAUCUCUGUUGAGAUUGAAAAGCCAGUGAGCCACAACAGAGACAUCAAACACACACACCCCAUUGAUCUGUGAAUCUCUACCCAUCUACGCACUGGAAUAAUGCUGAAGGCCCUCCGUAAGAUGCACCAUCUGGAGAUCCCAAGGCAGGAUGCUCUGGUAUGCGAAAAUCUGGUUAAAAGGUGGCGUUUCACCAUUCGCCAUGUUAAAAAGUUACUCACGAUAGACAGCUUUGUGUUUGCUGUUGUGGGGUCUGAAGUAGGUGAUUAUGGGACACCUUAUCUGCAAAGUUUUGUCAGCAUGAAAACAAAGAGGCGUCUGUCUAUUAUGAAGACAUGGCUGUCGCGAUGGGCUCACUUUGAGGCUGCUAAAAGUACUGAUUUACAAAAUGCUACACUUACCUUCUUAUCGGUGAGCCGUUGAGGUAGAAAGCCUGAAAUUACUUGCAAAAAGCGACUGAUGUCAUGAGGUCUUCGUAUGGUUCGCUGAAGUCUAUCGCCGAAGUGUGCCCUUCUGCCUUGAUAUGCUAUGGGCGUGGCAUACGUGAUUACGUCAACGUCAUGUGCUUCCGACCACCACGUUACUUCUGUUAUGGUGCUCGUGGGAGAACCCGGAUGUAUGCCCAUGUAUAAUCCUUUGACCAUGUGUUACAAUUAUUGAGUUGUAAAUAAACACACUUUGCACUGAAAUACAAUGUCUCUUUAUUUUUGUUGUCAUUAAGCUGUUUCAGUUCCAUGGACUUUUUGUUUGUAUUUAAUUUUUACCUGAGUUUAGUUCUUGUUUCCUUUUCUCCUCAUGUGUCAGUUUGUUUCCAUAUGUAGUGUUUGUUCCUCUGCGUUGUGUUGAUAUUUUGUUAUGUUAAUAAAA